UCAUUUGUACGUCAAGCUUGUAACUUGUACAUUGUGGACUAGAUUAUGCGUCAAACAUUUAUAGCCUGUUUGGUCUGCAUUGUAAUAUGAAAUUGUAUCCUUAAUCGUUUUUAGCAAAACUGCUGUAUUGGAUCAAUAGCCUAAACGUUGAUCAGGACACAACUCGGUAGAUUGUAUCUCAAUGCGAGAAUCUCAAUUCUUUGACACAGAAUUUUACCAGUAUGGUAUUGGGAAUUACGCAGUGUACAUGUAUUUGCACUAUUUUGUAACUGGGUGUUUUAUAAGCGUUUCGUUAUUAAAUGUGAACUGAAAACAUCGAGUGAUUUGUCCAUCCAGCUGGGCUGAUUCAUACCUAUCACACGGUGGAAUGUAGCCUCAUUACAUUGAAGAUCAUCAUGUAGUGAUGUUUUUACUCGGCUCCUGACAUCAGUUGACAAAACAGUGUACAAACAACAGCAUUUCAAACGACGGUUCCAAGAUCGUGUGUGCGUACUGGUUUAGCCUAUAUCACGAGUGGAGGUUACUCCACAUCACAUGGAAAACGGCAGAUCCUUUCAACCACCGCCGAAGAGACCUAGACACGACCUUCCUCCCACCAUGUCUAUUCGCGGACCAAUACCCAAUGGGCCGAUGCACCCGCGGCCCCUAAUAGCCCUUCUGGACGGGAGAGACUGCUCUGUGGAGAUGCCAAUACUGAAGGACGUCGCCACGGUAGCAUUUUGUGACGCCCAGUCCACAUCAGAAAUACAUGAAAAGGUGUUAAAUGAGGCAGUGGGGGCCCUCAUGUGGCAUUCUAUCACGCUGACCAAAGAAGACCUAGAGAAGUUUAAGAGUUUACGUGUCAUCGUGCGCAUCGGGAGUGGCUUUGACAACGUCGACGUGAAAGCUGCUGGGGAGUUUGGUAUUGCGGUGUGUAACGUGCCCGGGUAUGGAGUGGAAGAGGUGGCAGACUCAACAAUCUGUUUGAUCUUGAACUUAUAUAGACGUACAUACUGGCUAGCAAAUAUGAUACGCGAGGGGAAAAAAGUGAGCGGCCCGGAGUCGUUACGUGAGGCCGCAGCAGGGUCAGCAAGAAUUCGCGGUGAUACGCUGGGAAUUGUGGGUCUUGGUCGCGUGGGACAGGCUGUGGCCUUGAGAGCAAAAGUGUUUGGGUUUAAUGUAAUUUUCUAUGAUCCGUAUUUGCCAGAUGGAGUGGAAAAAUCAUUGGGUAUUACACGGGUAUAUACGCUACAAGAUCUACUGUUUCAAAGCGACUGCGUAACCUUGCACUGUAAUUUGAACGAACAUAAUCACCAUCUUAUAAAUGACUACACCAUCAAACAAAUGAGACCAGGUGCAUUCCUUGUGAACACGGCACGGGGUGGUCUAGUGGAUGAACACGCCUUAGCCGCUGCAUUGAAAGACGGCAGGGUUCGAGCAUCAGCUCUUGACGUCCAUGAAAAUGAGCCCUUCGUGCUGGCAUCAAGUCCACUUAAAGACUGCCCCAAUCUGAUCUGCACGCCGCAUUCCUCGUUCUACAGUGAGCAGAGCCUUACUGAGCUCAGAGAGAUGGCCGCUGGUGAGAUCCGGCGCGCUGUCGUCGGAAGAAUACCCGACAGUCUGAGAAACUGUGUCAAUAAGGAAUACUUUCCUACGAAAGGUAAGCCCGCGCCAACUGGGAUGCGUUAUGCCUUCACAGGUUACCAAGAUGGCAUGAACGGGGGCCCGUUCCCGUACCCAAACCCAGCAGCGGCAGUGGGGGCCCUGGGAGGUGUGCACUCCACAACCCCUCACGACCACCCGCAGCCUCCCGUAUCCCAUAGCAACCACCAAUCAGCGCCUCACUCCACGGAGCCCGGCAACCACAUGGCCAAGGAGGGCUCCGACGUGCAUUAACCUGCGUAAUCUCCGUCUGUGUCAUCGUCCUCAUGUUCGUUGUCGUAACAUCGUACCAUCACACAAGAACAUAUGCGAUUACAUGCCCAAGUUAUCUCCCCCUUCCCACCUCCAUGUCAUUUGUGAAAUAUUCAUUAACGUAAAAAAGCAAACUUUCCAACGUCAUUGACUUGUUCGUGUUUUCUUGCGGUUUUUUCAUGGUCAAAAGAGUUCAAAGUUUAUCUUUGACUUAAUCAUUGUAGAAAGAUAUGUUUUGCUAGACAUUAAAAAGAUGGAGACGAUAAAGAAAAUAUCAGAUAUACUGAUAAAAGUGAGAGACACUUAUGGGAAUUAAGAGUGAUGUACCUUUAAUGUCAGGUAAACUAAAGUGGUUUCCCUUGUCCAAAAGGUAUAACAAUGUGUACAAAAACUCUUGCAAAAUGUGUGCGAUUUGUUCUCUUCUGUACAGAUGAGUAUUGUGAAUCUAACAGCUUUGCAGAUGGAAGUCGUUGGAUAACAUAAUUUCGAGGACUUUUGACAUUAUCUUUGACAAUAUAACAGGGAUACAGCGAGGUUUUAUGCGAAUGAUUGAGUAGGGUUACAAAUAUGUCACACUUGGGUUAGUUUAGCUGAAAUGUUUGUUUGUAGAUAAUUAUCUCUUUUGAACUGUAUAUGCAUUUUUGUGCCUGAUCGAGUUUUGGGAGCCGAAAUAGCAGUAUAGCAGUGCAACAUGCAAAUUUUGUUUGUAAAUUUAUUCCAAUGUCACCACAUGUGUGAUAAUUUUCCAAUGAAAAUUCUCUUUUGUUAAAUGGUACUUUCUGGAUACAUACAGUUUAUACUGAUGUGGACUUUAUGUAUGAUAAAGCAUUUUAUGUUUAAGCGAAAUUUUUGCACGUGGUACCAGUCUGAACAUUUUUUUCAAGAGAUUUACAAUAAAAAAAAGAUACCUAUACAUUUUGUUAAAUGAUGCAAAUGCCAGUAAGAAUUUUAUCAAUAUUGUUAAAAUUUUAUAAAUGCUAUUACAACAAUGAUGUAUAAAUAAUAAGACAUUGAUAAUAUUUGUCUGAACCAUCAGUUGAAAAGUUUAGGGCCUUGUUCAAUUUUAACAAAUGUUGACAUUGAAAAAAUUUACCCCUAUUCAGUUUUUAUCUGACACUUAGCAAUUACCAAGUAAAAAUGCUUCAUUUGUAUGGACAUGUUUUAGUUUUCAAUUUGAUAAUAUUCAUUUACGGAUAAUGGAAUUAAUGGAAUUGAUUUGGGAUAUUUUUGUUGACAGAGUGUGAACAAUUUGAAAAUUUAGUUUAAUUAAGUUCUUUUUGUAACAUGACGAUUUGUAUUCUUGAAACGAAAAUAUUUUGUACAUGUAUUUGCAUUAUUAUGGAGGUAAAUUAUUGCUUUUGUUUGCAUUUGAUCCAGUGUUUGUCUAAAAUAAAGUUUCCAUGACAAUAUUAAAUUUUUAAGUUGAAAAUGUACAUUCACACACAAAAACAUUGAUGUAUUUUUAAGUAACUAAAUAAUUUGCGAACAUAAAUUGGCAUAUUUGUAAUUAGAUGACAAAUGUAACACUUCAUAAGUGCUGAAACGAUAUUAGUUGUAUACCUUCUUACGAUGCAAAACAUCAACACAUCAAAGGAUGUAUAAAUUCUAAACAUAAACUUAACAUAAUACUAAACUACGCGAAUAUUUACAUGCAAUCAUGUCUCCAUUCUGAUGUGUAUAUUAAUGUCAUUUAAAUGUCCGGUUUAUGGAGACAUUUAACACGGAAAUGAAUUUGACACUGUGAAGUGCAAAAUUUUGAUCUGGUCUUCUUUAUUUGAUACCAGAAAUGUGCAGUGUUUCAGGUUAUAGGUUUAUAAUAAAAAUAAAAUGAAUAAUUUGUCAAGAGGCCUAUCACACGAUGAGUGUCAUGCCCAUUUGAUUAACAUGUAAGGGGGAAAGCACUCAGUUCACACUAGCAUUAUCAUUAUUUUAAAAACGAUGAUCUCAAAUGAUAUUCAAUUCUUCUACCUUGACAGCAUCUUCCUUUUUUCAGUUUUUCUAUUUCUAUGCAGGCAACAACCUUGGUUGAUGAAUGAACAAUCUGGAAAUAAAUGCAAAUGACAUUUCACAUCCUUGGUCGAUAAAUGAACGCUAAAGAAAUGUUCACAAAUGAAAACAUCUUGUAAAGUUUGGAUGCUAAUUCAUUAAGGGACCUUUCAUCAGUGAAGUCUAAAUGGACAUUUCUUAAUUGUUGUUUGCCCACCAUGUUUAAAUGUGCGUAAAGUAUAUUUUCAGUAAGCUUUUUGAUAUGUCAAGGAUUUUGAAGCCUUGUUCUGUUAAAAAUGAGCUUAAUGCAUGUGCAAUAAGUGUUGUCCCAGAUUAACCUGUGUAUUCUGCACAGGCUUAUCAUUGCGGACACUUUCCACCUUAGUCCUAAACAGGCUUAUCAUUGCGGACACUUUCCACCUUAGUCCUAAACAGGGUGUUGUUUUUUUUAGAAGAGACAGCCUUUGAACGAAAAAGUUGCAUAAAAGUGGAAAGUGAUAUCCAUGAUUGGCCUGUGCUGAUUACGCAGGCUAAUCUGGGAUGAUCUUUAAUGCACAUGCAUUAUGCCCAGUUGUCCCAGAUCAAGGCUCAUUUUGUAUAUUGAGUUUCAUGUUCUUAUUGUGUCGGCUGUCUUGUUAUACUAAUGUACCAAAUGUGGAGGUCAGUGUAUGGUCCAUGCAUUGUAUUAUACUGUUCAUUUAUGUUUGUAAUUGAAAUCAAAAUUGCACCAAGCAUUGUGUACUAAAGCUCUUCUUGUACGACUGGUUUUCUUUUCUCAUUGUUAUCAUUCUGCUGUGUUACCAUGUCUACAUGCGCAAUAUAAAAGUUUAAUCAUGUCUGAAUAAUAAUGAUUGUUAUGUCGGGAAAGAUAUUGUCUCUCGUGUGGAUGGGAAUUCGGUAUCAUUCUGGGGUCAAACUUCUGUUAAAUGUAGAAACUUGAGCGUCAAUGUUUUGUUUCGUAUAAUACUUUGUGCUCUUAACUUUUUACACUGGAAUACUAUGGUAAAUGCGUUUGAUUAUCACUAGAGAAGACAUCGUGAGGUGUAUUUUUCAUCGACAGUUUUGUAUAUGUAGGUAGACUUGUGCAUGUAUUGGAACUAUUCCAUUGAUUGUGUACAUGGUUUUUGUAUAGAUUGUGGUGCUAUUUCUGUUAUUGUAAUCAUGUAAAACUUUCAGGCAGCAAUGAUCAGCUGAAAAUUCAAAUCUUGAAAACAUUCAAAAUUCUUAACUUAAAAUUUCUUCAGAUUGCGUGCGAUUAUCAACAUGAGAAACAUUGCCUUUGAUUUUUCUGAAUCUGCUAUGUUUUUUUUUUAAUUCUAUUAAUGAUAUUUACAUUGGCAUUUUGCAAUAACCAAGGUUCUAUAGGAUGUUAUAGGAUUUUUAUGGGACGUUGCAAGUUUUGAGUUUUGAGAUUGAUCUGUUUUUUCCUGCACCACUGGAUGUAGACAGGGCUGGGCUAUAAAAAAAAUUGUGCUUCUUGAAUGCAUAAUUUGAAGAAAAAAAACUUCAUCAAUUAUACUGCUUGAAUGCAGAAUUUAAAUUAGACAUUAAAUAAUAGUUCUACUUAAAUGCAGAUUUAGUGCAGAAUUUUUAUACAACCUGAACAAUCUUGCUUCUUGUAGAAACUGCAUUUUGUCAUUAUUCUUUGCAGUUUUUCCAUACAGGAUUAAAAAUGUUUAAUUAUUUCCAAAGUUUUAAGUUCGGCCAAUCUUUGAGUUUCUAUAUCCAUCCCUGUCAUUUAUGUAUGUGUGAUUGAUAUCUUAUGGCAUGAAAACCGGGGCUGGCUAUUUUGAUUUGUAUUGUUAAAAUACAUAAUUAUAAUCAGUGGAAGCGUUGAAAUGUUGUUAUAAAUCGCAACUUAAAAGUAUGUUUAUCCCUUCAAUACAUUUGGUUAUAACGCUGUUUAUUUUGAAAAUAUUAAACAAAAUUUUAAUUAAUUUAGACCAUACUUAAUAGAACAAAAAUACUGUGGAGCACUGGAUCUACAGAUGUUUUCUGUUCAAUUAAUAAAAAAUUUAAAACAUAACGUACAUUAUAAAAGUUUAAAAGGACCGUCGUCAGAAAUUAAUGAGUGUUUGAAAUUCGUCUGUUAUCUGUCUCUUUUAAAAAGCAUUACAGUAGUUCCGUCGUUUGUACAUUGUAUAGUAGUUGUAUGGUAUGUAUGAGGUGUGAAUGCGCAUUAGUUUUGUCAGUGUUUGUACUUGUCUGUCUAUCUUUUGAUUGAUGGUGAACAUACGUGUAUUACUAUAUUUGUACCUUUUGUAUGACGUAUGACCAUCGCAUUGUCUUGCUUUAUUUUGGGGCUUUUUUCUUAACUCUUAGAAAUUGUUGUUUUGCAAAUCUACAAUUGUAAGAGGUACGAUUCGAGUGCUGCCGCGGAGAUUGUUCCGCGACGUGUAGACGCGGAGAUUGUUCCGCGACGUGUACAGAGCACGGUGGCUUGUUUACUGAUGUGUCAUUUAGUUUGUAGAAGACCAAUAUCGUAGUCAAACUCUUCAUAUCACUUGUCCAAGUUUCAAUACAUUGGAGUUAAUAAAUAAACAUUUGUACAAAGCGA